ACCCUAACCCAAACACAACACACAAUAUUUCAUACAUAGUAUUUAGAAUAAGGAGAUCAUCAAGAUAAUACCAAGAGUCUGAGAAUUUGCUGAAAUUACCACACAAUGGUGAGCCCUAAUCAAGUCAGAAACGCCCUUGGAAUUAUAGGAAAUGUCAUAUCUUUUGGUCUCUUCCUUUCACCUUCGCCAACUUUCUACCGAAUUAUCAAGAACAAAUCUGUCGAAGAGUUUAAGCCAUGGCCAUAUGUUGUUACCGUACUAAAUUGUUUAUUUUGGAUGUUGUACGGUCUUCCCGUCACACAUCCAAAUAACAUCCUUGUGACUACAAUUAACGGCAUUGGUUUGGGCAUAGAGCUCAUCUACGUCGCCAUCUUCCUCUUUUAUUCAUCUGGCACAAAAAGGCAAAAGGUCUUGGGGACUUUGAUCGUAGAAGUCAUCAUCUUUGCGGUAGUAUUGGUUUUAACCUUGAAGGUGUUCCACACCACAGACGCUAGGACUAUAUUUGUUGGAGUAUUUUGUGUCAUCUUCAACUGUUUCAUGUACUUUUCACCAUUGUUGGCCAUGACACAAGUGGUGAAAUCGAAGAGUGUGGAAUACAUGCCCUUCCUUCUAACACUCACUGGAUUCCUUAAUGGUCUUUGCUGGACUUCAUAUGCAUUGAUCCAUAUUGAUUGGUGGAUGGUGGUUCCAAAUGGUUUGGGCACAUUGUCUGGAAUAAUGCAGCUCGUCUUGUACGGAAUUUACUACAAGCGAAAAUCGAACACAUCCAAUGAAGUUGAACUCCCAACAAAGAUGGCUACUGAAGUUUAAGUUGAAUGAUCUCAUUAUCUCAAUAGUCUUUUUAGUUUUAUUGCUUUAGAUAAACCAUAGUAGUUGAUAGUUAGAGAAGAGUUUUGCAGAAGAUGUUUAGUUUAUAUUUUGUUUCAUACUUUAGAAAGUUUUCAAUACAAUUUUGAUUUUUUCGGAUUA